AUGGCUCCUUAUAACGAAGACAACUUCCUCAUAAUACAGCCAGGAUCGUACAACACAUUGUUUCGACUUGGACUGGAGGAGUCUUUGUCACCCCCCAAGUAUUCUAUUCCAACCAAAGUGUACCGAGACCCGUCCAAUCCAAACAAGUUUCAAUCCAAGUCGUCAGAUGAAUCAUUGGCUAUUUACCCUAUAGUUAAUGGAGAAAUUGUAGAUGUUGCCGCUUUCAAUUUCUUAUUAAGACUUAUUUUAAGAUCCCUUAUUAACGCUAAUCCACUGAUGUUGACUAAUAAUGUGGCAUUACUAUUGGUGAGCUCAAUUCGUUGGAGCAACUUGAAUAUUGAAUACAUCACGAAAUAUGUCUUUGAGACUUUACAGUUGACAGCUUUGCAAAUCAUACCGCUACCUCUUGCAUCAGCUUUUGCUCAUGGUUCCAUCCCUAAUUGUUGUGUAAUUGAUUUAGGUGGAGACAAGUUUGACGUAUCACCCAUUCUCAAUUUUCAGGUCAUCAAAGGCUAUUCCAGAACUGUGCCGACUGGUUCUUCCACCAUUAACAAGCGUCUCAAACAACUAUUACCUAAUCUUAAUGACUCACAAAUUGAAAAUUUAAAACGAUCAUCUAUCUUUGAAUCGUUAUCCGAGGAAGACGCUAAAAAUUCCUUUUUUGGACUAGAAGGUAUUGGCUUAGAAGACGAUACCAAAAAAAACCCUGAGGAUGACGGUAUCUUAGAUAUCGCUGCUAUUGUCACCAGUGAGAAAUCUACAAAAGAAAUUUUGGAAGACGUUAAGGGAAAAAAAGAGAAAACAUCCAAACAAUCUGAAGUCAAACCUAACUCUGUACUGGAAACGAAUAGCUUUGUGACCAGCGAUGGCACCGAAUUAACAAUAGGAAAGGAACGAUUUCAAGGCUGCGAUGAGUUAGUAAGGGCUUUAGGUGAUACUGUGUUUGAAUGUCUAUCUAACAUCAUUGAUUCCACUAAAAGACAAGAGUGCUACGACAAUUUAAUUCUUAGUGGAAAUACCUGGAAGAUAAAAGGCCUUAAGGAAUCGUUUCUGGUAUACCUCUUGAACACAUAUGGUGCAAAAUAUCCCAUUAGCUCGGAAGCCAUAAAACAGAAAGUAAGCAAGAGAUCUAAGGCUGAUGCAGUUUUCAGAAAUGAGACGGACGCUGAUAGCAGUAACCAGCGCAGUGAAAAACUUGUACAAGUACCACAACAUGUGAAACUCGUCAAAUUUCCUGAAUACUUUACGGAAUGGAAGGACAUAGGACAUGAAGAUAACUCUUUUCUGGGAGCUCAAAUUUUUGCUAAACAAGUGUUUGGCCACCACCACAAUCAUAAUAGUAACAAUGGUGGAGGAACCUACUUGAACAAGGAUGAUUAUUUGGAAAGAGGUCCUUUGGGCAUCUGGGAUGUAGUUUUCUAA